AUGGCUAAACCAAGCAAGCUUUCCAGCACCACUUUAAACGCGUUAUACAACGUCUGUCCUCUGGAUACUUCCCGCAGAUCACUCCGUAACUCACUCCAUGAUAUCUUGUAUAAAGAUCCAGACUUCCGUAAAAAGUCUCAAGCCCAUACUACGAUAUUUGGCUGGUUUGAGGAUGAAAAAUUAUCCUCCUCCUCUACCUCCUCUAAAUUGCCUAAAGGAACUACAAUAUUUAAAAAAACGCGACUUUAUUCAUCAACAGUGUAUGGACCUUGUGGAACUGUCAACAACCACAGUACUAGAACCACUCGUGAGUCUUCUCCGGAAGUACAGCAAAACUUUUCCUUUACCGAAAACGAACAGGGGGCAGUAAUAGAGCCUUUUGUUAAUCUUGCUGAAAAAGCAAUUUAUGAGUUUCUGGUUAAAAAUGAAUCAGUCAUUCCUCUAGAGGUUGUCGAAAGAUUCGUGGCUAAACAGCGUCCUCCUGUUAGCACAGAUUUCAAUAAUGCAGAUCUUCUGUGCAUGCUAAAUUUUUUAAUAGAAAACAUUAACAUUUUCUUAAAAAAAUCUGUAUUUCACGGCCGAUUUAAAGCCAACCCUGUUGAAUUGCUAACUAAUUUUAAAAUGAAUAUAAGAAAUAAAUUGGCACAUGGGGUCGUGAUUAAUGACAAAGGUCGCUGGAGUGAUCAUGCGCUUCAACAUGUCGCAAUAUUAGCGUGUGAAGUUAUCAUUUGUCUUAGUGGUAAUUAUGAAGAUGCAUCUGCCAAAAAGGAAACCAAUGUUGACCCAUCUCAAAAACGAAAGUUGGAUGAAACGCUUGAUAAUAUAGAGAAUAUUGAUACACCACGGAAAAAGAAGGCUGAUGAUUCGAAUUUCGGGGAAAUAACAGAUCUAACACUUGUUAUUCUUGGAGAGUUGGAAGAAACCGAGAAGGGCGACAAGAAAAAGAUGUUAAAAUUAGCUAUGGACGAAAAUGAGUACAUGACAAAGUUCUGGAAAAUGCUGAUUGCUCCAAGGGUGGGAAUAAAUCGGCUUGCAUGGAAACGUAAUUGUGAUCAUGUGAUUACAAACAUUCUGAAAAAAUGUAGUUACUAUAUUUGGAGGGGUGUAGUUUCUUCCGGCUCAGUCUGGGAAUUUUCAUGGAAACGUAAUUGUGAUCAUGUGAUUACAAACAUUCUGAAAAAAUGUAGUUACUAUAUUUGGAGGGGUGUAGUUUCUUCCGGACUCGUUGGCUUAACUGAGGAUAAACGAAGCUACUUAUUCUGUCGAUAUCUUUAUACGGUAAAUCUUGGAGAAAAAUUUUUUACUCAUUACUGCGCCUAUGACAUGACCAAACCCCGUGAACGUGGACGU